UAAUCGCUCCAUCUCAUUGGCGGAUGUCCUCUAGGACACUUUCCUUUCCUUGGCCCGCCACUCCAUUCUUAUCCUUGAAGGGGUCCCUUUAACACGAACCUUAUGAUUUAAGCUACGGUGUACUAAAUAAGAUUGAAAGAUAUUGUCGAAAAUUAAACCUGUUGGAAGAAUCGAGCGGCAACGAAUGUGAUGGCAUACGAAAGCCUGCGCACUUCAACUGAAUCAGAAUCUGUUCUGGGCCUCCGACACGUGCGCAUCAUGCCCAGAUGAACGCGCGGCAGCAGUGAUUCAACGCCUGCGAUGGAGAGAGGCACGGCGAAGAGGCUGGGUGCAGAUGGUCCUCUCGAGGUGUGUGCCUGGGUUUAACAGGAACGGUGCUGCCAACUCGACGGUUUUAAAAACACGUCACUGAAUCUUUGACGUCCACUGAGCGAAGCGGACUGCGUGUUGUAGUAUGGUAAAUGCGCAUCGCAGUGUUAACCAGGGCGGCCCACCAGAACCGAGCUGCGAAACUGUAAUAAGUGGUCCACGUGUCACCUCUACUUUUAGCCCUUUCCCAUUCUGACGACAUACUUCAUCGGUUUUUCCUUUAAAUUGGGCGAGUGGCACAGUUUGGCGCCCAGCUGCCAUAGAGUGCGGUUGUGUCGCUCCAGUUGCCUGCAGUGAGUAUGAUGCCCUUUUAAAAACAGCGGCGUUUAAUAAAAUUAACGCUAAACACGCGUUCCGAGAUUCGGCUGCAAACGGGGCUUUAUUUUGCAAACUUGCCGGUUGCAAUUAUAAAUACUGUAACACGUUUCAGUCGUUACGUUUGCACUGGCCGAAUGAGUGAAUUUAACGUCCACGUGAUGUAUUAAGGCCACGUGACACGCGUUCCACGUGACCCUUAACCCCCAGGCAAGAUGGCGUCACCGCACGCUCGACCCCCGCUGCAUGGCGUAGGGAUACCCCGCGAUUGGCGAGAUCCGGUCACGUGCUCCAAACGUGCCCGGAACUUCCUGUCACGUGCCGCCUUUCCCGCGACCGUUGAGCGCCAGAGUUAAACACGGAGGGCGAGAGUUAGAGACACGGGGAGAGUUAAACACGGAGGGUGAGAGUUGACAAGGGGAGGGUCAAACACACACACGGGGAGAGUUAAACACGGAGGGUGAGAGUUGACAAGGGGAGAGACACGGGGAGAGUCAAACACACACACGGGGAGAGUUAAACACGGAGGGUGAGAGUUGACGAGGGGAGAGUCAAACACACGGGGAGAGACACACGGAGAGAGUUAACACACACGGGGAGAGAGUCAAACACGGAGGGUGAGAGUCCAACACGGAGGGUGAGAGUUAACACACACAUGGAGGGUGAGAGUUGACAAGGGGAGAGUUAACACACACGGGGAGAGUUAACACAAACACACGGGGCGAGGGUGAAGUCGGUGAGGGCUGGCUCCGUGUCGCUCGCCCCGCGCGCUCCCUGCGCGGCUUCGCUCCCCCCGUGCGCGGUGUCUACAAGCAGCAGCAGCAACAACAACAGGUACAACAACAACAACAGGCAUUUGGGUGACCCUCGCGCGUGCCGUGUUCUCCCCGUCCCUGCUGAGAGUGGCGCGUCGUCGCCGCGAGCAUGGAGCUGGCUAUGCGCGGCGAUCAUCCCACGGUGUCCGACUCGACCCUCGUGAGGCGAGAGCGCGAGCAGGAUGCGAAUGCUGAGCCGCCACCGCCGCAUCGCAACGCCUCCGCCUGCCCGCCCACGUUCGCCAAACUCGGGACGUCUUUUCCUCUCGACGACACGAAGACGUUCGACUACCCUGGGAUCGAGCCGACGCUCAACCAGACCAACAUCCUCCGCGGCAUGAAGGACAACGACAUCGGCGGCUGCCUCUCGAGCACCGCCAACCAUCACGUUGACACGGCCGGCCCGGGUGAAGAUGUCACCUACGUGGCUUUGCCCCAUGGCUCAAACGUCGCCGAUAAUAUUCCUGGCCUGCAUCGCGUCCCCAAGUCGGCCAAUGCCGACGCAGCCGAUUACCUGGCCGUUAUGCGCUCCGCCGAUAUAAAUUACAAAGCUGCUCAAGCUCCGUACGAUGCUCGGGGCUAUGUCACCGGCUACAACGCCGAACCCCUGAGAGCGAUAUCCAACGGCGCCGCCAGGAUGACGUGCGGUUUUCCCGGCGGCCAGCAGGUCAUUGCCGGUUUUCCAUUCGGCUUGCACCCGCAUGGCACGAAUCGCCUGGUCUUCCCGAACGCCUACGGCACGAGCGUAGAGAACCGUGAGAACGUGCCGGCAUACCCCGGGAGCGCCGGCUUCACCUCGCAUGCCAGCAGGGCGACCAACGUGCCGCCCUUUUCACACUACGAGCCGAAAGCGAGGGCGGCGGGUAGCGGCAGCCGGUCGUGUGACUUGGAGAUGUGGCAAAGUCAUCCGCUUCAGAGUGCCGGUCAUCAGCUGUUGAUGUACCCGAAGGGCGACGAAGCGACUGCGGACCUCAAGAGAAAAUUGGGCGCCGCGGAGCUGGAGGUCAGGACCCUCAGAGAUUCCCUCCUGAAGGUCCAGAACGAUCACUCGGCGCAGCUCAAGAAGAUGGAGGAGAAGAUUAAGAACAGAGACAAGCACAUGGAGUCCCUGAAGAAGCGCUGCCAGAAGAGCACGGAGGAGCGUGACGAGAAGGAGCGGAAACUCCAGAGCAUGGACAGAUACCUCUCGGCGUUGCCCACCAUGGAGGAUCACCAGCGAAACCUUCAGCAGAUGACGGAGCUGGAAACGUUGAGGUCGAGUUUGCAACACAGGGUGGAGGCCCUGGAGGGAAGGCUGCGCGACAGGGAUCGCGAAAUCCUGGACCGAAAAACCAAGGAGGAGGAGCUCAUGGCCACAGUGCAAAGCCUUCAGCACAAGCUGGACUCACUCGAGCAGUCAAAGAGUCCCCCGUCUGGGGUGGACGUGACGCAGCUACGGCAGGAGAACUGCAACUUAAAGAAGAUCAUAAACAUUUUAAAGAAGAAGCUCGAAGCCCUCACCGAAGAGCAUGGAGAUAAAAUCAGGCUCUUAGAAGAGCAAGUGGUGCACGAGGAGGAGGAGAAUGCGGCUCUAAGAGAUGCGCUCGGGGAGAGAGACAGCGGCCUGCAGGCCCUGCAGAGCGCCGUCAAGGAGCUCGCGGCUCAAAACCAGAAGCUGCUGGACGGGCACUUAAGCCUGAAGGAAGAGCUGCAGGAGACGAUGGAUGCGUCGCGCGAUCACGAUCGGCUGAGCCAAGUCGGCAGCGAACUCCAAGUGCAGCUGAGCCACUGCUUUGGCGAGCUGCGGUCGCUGUGCCGGGUGGUGUGCCAGCGAGUCCACGGGCACGAUCCAAACCUGUCGCUGCUGCUCGGGAUUCAGAGCCUCGCGCACGAUGAGAGGGACGCUGGCGGUGACGGUGGCGCCAACCGUCGCUCGGCGAGCUCCCCGCCCAUGCCGCUCGCGUCCACGCUGGACGGCGUGCGGCAGCUGCGGUGCGAACUGGACGAAGCGCGAGCCGUGCUGUCGGAGCGCUACGCCGAGGACGUGGGGGAGAACUGCGCCGUGCAGUAGGCACCAACGCCGGUGCCACCAUGCCGGUGCGUCCCAACGCCUGCCAGACGGGCGUUGGGACGAGCGAAGGGGUGCUUUUAAUUAAGAACGUUUGGAGAAAUUAUCAUUUGGAUUAAAAAAUAUUGUGUUUUAGUCUUUGUUUGCACCUUAUUUUAGUGAUUUAAUAAUCCCCCGAUUUCCUUACUAAGAUUUCACCCUGCAUUUCAUCCUGCCCCGGUGGAAGCUCAGCGGUCAAGCGAGCCGCUCGUCAGCGGAAAGGCUGCGGGUUCGACUCCUGGUUGGGGGUCUGACGCAGCCCAUCAUCAUCCCUCUGGGGUCAUCAAAAUGAGUAGCACAAUGUGGCGAAGUUAAGUGUAUGUGUCCUCUGGAUCAACAUAGCCCCUGCUAUAGGAGUGUGGAAUUUCCAACGUCACUGGCUCUACAGGGCAAUAAGCAGGUGAGCACCGGUGCUCGUUUGAGUAGCGGGAAGUCGCUGACGUUUUGCGUUGCGUAUUUAAGUAACUGCUUUUGCAGAAUAUCGACAAUAAAGAAGUGCGUUCGUACGAUUUAACACUGUUGCUGGAGUGCUGCACCGUCACUGAAUGCAUCUGCGACUCAUAAUUUGCCGCCAAUAUUUGGGGAGGGGCCCCAACCCUCCGGUGGCUGCGAACGGCCGUGCCCCGGGUUGAUAUGGUGACGGCGACGGCACCACGUGCAGCUUAAGAAUCGGAAUGUUCAUUGAUACCGGACGGAAUCCCAUGAGCGAUGGAGCUUUUUUUCCACAGACGUCCAGUCGGGAUGGGUGACUUACAUCCUAGCUUCUGCCCACGUCGCCCGUGUUGACGCCAUCCCAGCGGUGGACGCGCUUGCGUUUGUGGCUACCCCAGGGCCGUAUUAUCCAAUAAGCCCCGGUACUGCCUUGGGCCUACGGAAACUAAAGGGGCCUACGAAAGCUAAUUUUGCCCGUGUUUUUUGUUGUUGAAUGUAAUCAGUGAAAAUGAACGCCAUCCUUUUAAAGCUGUCAUCCAAUUAUAGUAAAAAAAGUUGACAUUUUCGCUUAAAUGUUUAGGCUUUCUUUUUUUCAAUAAUUUUAAAUUAAAUAUCCUUGUCUGCGGGUCACAGCGCGCUCCCAUCUAAUUAGGGCACAGACUAAAUAAGGAACAUAGCAGUGAUGACGUCCAGUGGCUGGACAAAGUACCGCGUCAGAAACAAGCGGAUUAAGAGCGGCAGUACCAACUGUAUAAAGUUUAUCACUGAAGGCCGACGAAGCAGAAAUGCCUCGGGCCGACAAGAACCUUCAUCUGGCUCUGGUCCGCCUGGAGGUGUCUCUCCUGGUAGUCCAGCACCAGCCGCGGUGGGGGGGGGAUACCCCCCCCCUCUCUUGCCGACUCGCUGCACUUCGAGCUGCUCGUAAGCACACUGCCCCCAGCCAUGGAAACUUCUCCGCUCUCUCCACGACUGCCCCCAUCGCUUGUGGCGAGUUGAGGGGGUGGAGUUUUUUUCUAUUACGUAAAAUAUUUAGGGGAAGGUGUUUCAUUUUUGGUAGGGCUGAUGGUAGCCCCCUGCUCCCCACCUCUUCAUGGCACGCUUUCGAUUCACCCCAGGCAUCGAUCAGCCCUCCCACUGUAUUGGUACCAGAUGGAAAUACCUCUGGUACACCCAUGGAAGGCUUCUGGAACUGCGCGGUCAAAAAAAGAUGUUCAAUAAUGUAGGAGUCAGAGGACAUCUCUGUUUGUACCGAAGGUGAACAGGGAAUGGCUGUUCACUCCCGGAUCACGCAGCUUUACCCGGGUCUGCCCACCAUCGGCAACGUGAGCGUGGGUUAAUACGACGCAUACCUGGUAGUGGUACUUAUUAAUGAACUGACCACGUAUCUGUGAAACGACGUAAAAGGGGGAAAAACAAAUCGAGGUAUUAUUGCAAUUCAGAAUCUGAAUAUUCAUACUGGAGGAAUCCAAUGAGCUGUAAAGCCUUUUUUCACAGAGGUCCAGCAAUUGAGUUGCAGGUGAAGGGGUCACCACCCCACCUUCACACCCUUCCAGAGCCCCUAUUGGCCACUGUGGUGGCCGUGAGGGUCACUGCUGGUUGGGAUCGGCCUCCUCCCCAAUGGGAUCGCUCACAGCCAUCACAGCGUUACCGACCGUCAAAGGAGGGUUUUUUUUUGCCAAGUCGUUACAAUAACCCAGCGAAACAAACAUCCGUCGUCUCCGCAGUUGUUUUAAUUUGUGUAUAUACUCUGUAAAUGUGGUGCAAAAACUGAACCGUAGAUUUACAACCAAUAGAGGAUAGAAAGAGAGACGAUAACAGAUUUGUCCAGCCGCAGCGAGCUCCCUGUGCGGCUACUCCGGUGUCGGCACAGUCGCCUGGACCGCCAGUUUUCUUUUUCUUCUAAAUCGGCGACCUUUUUCACCGUCGCACCGUGUUCUCAUUUUUGUCUCGGCGUUUCCGUUUGUUCCGUUGACCUCGAAAUGUCAAACACAACUCACUUGCGCAACUCUUAAUCACAGAUUCUCGCACGCACCGGUUCCCGGUGUGCCCGCGAGCAGGAACCACUGUCAUGUGGAGGAGUGAAUUCCAUCACGGGUCCGUGGAAUGGGCCCUGUGACCUGACGACGCACCGUGUAUGGUUACAGAUUGCGAGUGUAAAUGUUUUGGGAGUUGUAAACGUAUUUACACACAACAAAUUACAACCGAUACAUUACAAAUCUUUACACAAUGUCACGUUAAAAAAAAACAUUCAAAAGAAGAUUU